AUGAAGCACGGAGGAGAGACAGCGCGGAAGUAUGAAGCACGGAGGAGAGACAGCGCGGAAUCAGCUUCAAGAUCACGUCCACCAGAAGAGGAAUCACCAACCAUCCACCACGGGAAAACACCAACCAUCUACCACGGGAAAACACCAAACAUCCACCACGGGAAAACCCCAACCAUCUACCAUGGGAAAACACCAAACAUCCACCAUGGGAAAACACCAAACAUCCACCACGGGAAAACACCAACCAUCUACCACGGGAAAACACCAAACAUCCACCACGGGAAAACACCAACCAUCUACCACGGGAAAACACCAAACAUCCACCAUGGGAAAACACCAAACAUCCACCACGGGAAAACACCAAACAUCUACCACGGGAAAACACCAAACAUCUACCACGAGAAAACACCAAACAUCUACCAUGGGAAAACACCAACCAUCCACCACGGGAAAACACCAACCAUCUACCACGGGAAAACACCAACCAUCCACCACGGGAAAACACCAACCAUCCACCACGGGAAAACACCAACCAUCCACCACGGGAAAACACCAACCAUCUACCACGGGAAAACACCAAACAUCUACCAUGAGAAAACACCAAACAUCCACCAUGGGAAAACACCAAACAUCUACCACGGGAAAACACCAACCAUCUACCAUGGGAAAACACCAAACAUCCACCAUGGGAAAACACCAACCAUCUACCACGGGAAAACACCAAACAUCUACCACGGGAAAACACCAAACAUCCACCACGGGAAAACACCAACCAUCUACCACGGGAAAACACCAAACAUCCACCACGGGAAAACACCAACCAUCUACCACGGGAAAACACCAAACAUCCACCACGAGAAAACACCAAACAUCUACCAUGGGAAAACACCAAACAUCCACCACGAGAAAACACCAAACAUCCACCACGAGAAAACACCAAACAUCCACCACGAGAAAACACCAAACAUCCACCAUGGGAAAACACCAAACAUCUACCACGGGAAAACACCAACCAUCUACCACGGGAAAACACCAACCAUCUACCAUGGGAAAACACCAAACAUCCACCACGGGAAAACACCAAACAUCUACCACGGGAAAACACCAACCAUCUACCACGGGAAAACACCAACCAUCUACCACGGGAAAACACCAAACAUCCACCAUGGGAAAACACCAACCAUCUACCACGGGAAAACACCAAACAUCUACCACGGGAAAACACCAAACAUCCACCAUGGGAAAACACCAAACAUCCACCAUGGGAAAACACCAAACAUCUACCACGGGAAAACACCAAACAUCUACCACGGGAAAACACCAAACAUCCACCACGAGAAAACACCAAACAUCUACCACGGGAAAACACCAACUAUCCACCACGGGAAAACACCAACCAUCUACCACGGGAAAACACCAAACAUCCACCACGGGAAAACACCAACCAUCUACCACGGGAAAACACCAACUAUCCACCACGGGAAAACACCAACCAUCUACCACGGGAAAACACCAAACAUCCACCAUGGGAAAACACCAAACAUCUACCACGGGAAAACACCAAACAUCUACCACGGGAAAACACCAAACAUCCACCACGAGAAAACACCAAACAUCUACCACGGGAAAACACCAACUAUCCACCACGGGAAAACACCAACCAUCUACCACGGGAAAACACCAAACAUCCACCACGGGAAAACACCAAACAUCUACCACGGGAAAACACCAAACGUCCACCACGAGAAAACACCAAACAUCUACCACGGGAAAACACCAACUAUCCACCACGGGAAAACACCAACCAUCUACCACGGGAAAACACCAAACAUCCACCACGGGAAAACACCAACCAUCUACCACGGGAAAAGACCAAACAUCCACCACGGGAAAACACCAACCAUCUACCACGGGAAAACACCAAACAUCCACCACGGGAAAACACCAACCAUCCACCAUCGGAAAACACCAAACAUCCACCACGAGAAAACACCAACCAUCUACCAUGGGAAAACACCAACCAUCUACCACGGGAAAACACCAAACAUCUACCACGAGAAAACAUCAAACAUCUACCAUGGGAAAACACCAAACACCCACCAUGGGAAAACACCAAACAUCCACCACGAGAAAACACCAAACAUCUACCACGGGAAAACACCAAACAUCUACCACGGGAAAACACCAAACAUCCACCAGGGGAAAACACCAAACAUCAACCACGAGAAAACACCAAACAUCUACCACAGGUGGAAACACCAAACAUCUACCACAGGAAAAUACCAAACAUCUACCAAGGGAAAACACCAAACAUCUACCAUAGGAUAA